AAGGCAGAGGCGGAGUUAUCGGAGGAGGAGGAGAAGGGCGGCGAGCUAUGGUCGGGGCGGGCGGGUGCUGCCUGCUCCUUGCCUCCGCCCUCGGGGAGGGGGAGGCCGGUGCCGGGCCGAGCAGCGGGUGAUGAUGGGGAAGAGGCGAGCGCAGCGCUGAGGGGCCGCGGGGCCGGAUGAGCGGCGGCGCGGCGCUGGCGGGGCGGGAGGAGGAGGAAGAAGAAGACGGAGAAGGAGAAGGAGAAGAAGAAGAAGAGGGGGCGACGGAGGCUGCCCUGAGGGGAAGGAGCCCCCCCGACCAUGGAGAUCGAGAACAUCGUGGCCAACACGGUGCUGCUGAAAGCCCGGGAGGGCAAACGAAGUGGGCGUAGCAAAAAAUGGAAAGAAAUGCUGAAGUUGCCGCCUGUUAGUCAUUGUGAAAGCAUUAGAUGCUCAAUCGAAAGAGAUUAUAACCAGCUCUGCGACAAACAGCCAAUAGGAAGACUUCUCUUCAGGCAGUUUUGUGACUCCAGACCAGACUUGAAAAGAUGCAUUGAAUUUCUGGACGCAGUGGCUGAAUAUGAGGUAUCUUCAGAUGAAAAGCGUAUAGACUGUGGCCUGAAAGUCUUAGAGACCUACUUCACUAAUGGGUCUGCAGCACACUUGCCAGAAAUACCUCAGGAAACAGUAAAUGAAUGUAAAGCAAGACUGGAAAAGAACCCUUCUAAAGACCUUUUUGUGGACUGUACCAGAAUUGUCCAUGAAUACCUAAGCAGGAGACCUUUUGAAGCUUACCAAGAAAGUGUGUUUUUUUUCCGUUUUUUACAGUGGAAAUGGCUGGAAAAGCAGCCAGUAACCAAGCACACAUUUAGGCAUUACCGAGUACUAGGCAAAGGUGGAUUUGGAGAGGUGUGUGCCUGUCAAGUACGGGCAACAGGAAAAAUGUAUGCAUGUAAGAAGCUAGAAAAAAAGAGAAUAAAGAAGAGGAAAGGUGAAUCAAUGGCUCUAAAUGAAAAAAGAAUUCUGGAAAAAGUGAAUAGUAGGUUUGUAGUUAGUUUAUCCUAUACAUAUGAGACGAAAGAUGCCCUGUGUUUAGUACUAACCAUAAUGAAUGGAGGGGAUUUGAAAUUUCACAUAUAUAACAUGGGAAAUCCUGGCUUUGAUGAAGAAAGGGCUAUUUUCUAUGCUGCAGAACUGUGCUGUGGUCUGGAGGAUUUACAGAAGGAGAGAAUUGUUUACAGAGACCUGAAACCUGAGAAUAUACUCCUUGAUGACUGUGGACACAUUAGAAUUUCAGAUCUUGGAUUAGCUGUGCAGAUUCCAGAAGGAGAAACAGUCCGAGGACGGGUUGGGACUGUUGGUUACAUGGCUCCAGAAGUGCUCAAAAACGAAAAGUAUACAUUCAGUCCAGAUUGGUGGGGUCUUGGGUGCUUGAUUUAUGAAAUGAUUGAAGGACAGUCGCCAUUUAGGAAGCAUAAGGAAAGGGUCAAACGGGAUGAGAUUGACCGGAGAGUAAAGGAAGACCAAGAAACAUAUUCAGACAAGUUCUCUGAGGAGGCAAAAUCCAUCUGCAGGAUGUUACUUGCGAAAAAUCCAGGUGAACGACUGGGCUGCACUGAAAAUGGAGCUGCUGUUGUAAAACAACACCCUAUUUUCAAGAAUAUUAACUUCAAGAGACUGGAAGCUAACAUGUUGGAGCCUCCAUUCUUGCCAGAUCCACGCGCCGUGUAUUGUAAAGAUGUUCUGGACAUAGAGCAGUUCUCAACAGUAAAAGGAGUGAACCUGGAUACUACAGAUGAUGACUUCUAUUCCAAGUUUGUUACGGGUUGUGUCUCAAUCCCUUGGCAAAAUGAGAUGAUUGAAACAGGAUGCUUUGAAGAUAUUAAUGCAUUUGAAACUGAUGGUACUGUGUCACCAGACAGAGAGAGGUCUCCUAAACCAAAGAGAGGCUUCUUUCACAGACUUUUUAGUGGAGAGGUCUGCUUUAAAUCUGAUUGCAGUGAUGACGAACAGGAGUCCUCCAGACUUUAAGUCAUUUUACUGUCAUCAGAAAGGAUGAGCAAACUUUAAAUGUUUUAUAUCUCUGUAGCAAAGUGUAUUAUAUAUAUUUUUUAUCUGAGUUCAAGAAUUUUUGUACAUUUGUACUUCAUUUGUUUUAAGAUGUAUAUUUUCACUAAAGCUUAAUUGUACAAAAAAACGAGUGCCAUUUGAGUGAGUGUGUUUCUGUAUGUAUUUCUUUUCUUUUUUUUUUUUCUCCCCAGUGGAAUGAAUCUAGAAAUACUAAAAGGAUUUUAAAGCACAGAGAUAAUACCCAUGGCAUAAAUUUUACUUGACUUUAUGCUUCUGGUAAAACUCUUCUUGUUCAUUAGGACCUUUAUUAGCUGUUUUUCUUAACAGCAAAGUUACUGUACUGAUAAAUUUUGUAAUUCUGUUGUUAUCUGGCAUCAUGGCAGUGCUAUAAUCUAAUGCAUCUCUCAAGAAACUGCUAAGGGAAAAAAAGGAAUUCAGUGCACUGUGGCCAGCUAUUAUGAAAUGCUCUUUACUUUUCAGAUCUGAUAAUUGCCUUGGUCUGUACUUACUUUUUUAUAGAAUUCUGGGCAUUUAGCUUAAUCUUGUAACAAACUGUACUUACUUAUUCUUCUCCUUUCUACCUGUCUUAUACAUUCUCUCCAUACGUUUACCCUCUACAUGCAAGUAGACCUAUGCCAAAAUUUUUAUAUUUUUUAGUACUUUGCCCUUACUAAAAGGAUUUCUUUUUACCCGUGGGGACUCAUUUUUAUUUUUUCCUGCAAAUGAAAUUGUUUACAACUCCAUGUAGGAUGUUAUGGUUUUAUGACGGGUCAAAAAACAAAGCACAGGCUCUUCUUUAAUACCUUCUUCCCUGCUUAUUACAUUGUAAUGUGCAAUGUUGUAGCAUUGGCAGUAAUCACUGCCACUGAGGGAAGGACAAGGUAGUGUUAAGUAUAGAAUUUAAUCAUGUAAAUAAUCUUUGCUUAUAACCUUUAAAAACUUACACAUUAAACCUGCUUUUAUGGUCACUUAACAGAGAUGUGGAGCUGGUAUUGAAGUUUUAGUUAAGAUUACCUUACGUUCAUUCGUAAAACUGUUUCCAUUCUCUUGGAAACUUGUCAAACAUUCAUUCUUCUGGGCUCAAAGCAUGCCAGACUUUAUUUUGUAAGGCUUUGAGUAAAGCAAUUUAUCUGUGUAUGAGAAUAAAUUCAGGGAACACACAUAAGAGCCUUGUCUGUUUUCAAAAUUUCAAUUAGAGUAUUGAAAUCUAAUGGAAUGUUCUUGGAGUUGGAGAUAGGACUUUUGUUAUAUAUUAUGUUCUAUAUUCUGAAGAUUGUCUCCACUGAGCAGGCAUUUUUUUCCCGUCUCUAGAGCUGCGGUCAGACUGCAUAUGUUUUAUAUGCACAGACCAACUGAAUAUCUCUCUACCUCAAUAGGUUUUUGCUUGUGAUCCACUGACCCACUGGGAGAAACUUAAGCUACUUCUGAAAGGCUCUGAUGAUAUAUUUGAUCGUUAAGCCUAUUGUCAGGUGUAAAUUCACAGUAUUUUGUCUCUAGUGACAAAUGUUUUAGUUUGUUACAAUUUGAAAUAAGUUGGAAAACCGGUGCUGUAUGGAAUUCUGCUGGGAUUGAGCUAGUAUCAAUCUGAAAUUAUUCCUCUUGGAUAUUGUGGCACAGAAAUGCAGAAUGACUCUUCUCAUGUGUUUUUGGUGCAUGUUUCCUGAUGUCUAAAAUGGCACAGAGGACAGCAAAAUGACUACCAUGGCAAGUACAAAGAGAAAUUGUUGGGAGGGGAGUUUGAAUAAAUUACUGGAUGACAAGUCUGAUGCAAUAGUGGAAGGAUGGGAGACUUCACAGAAAGAAAUAUCUGCAGUAAGGGUGUUGGCUAGAACCAUUAUGUGUGAGACAGUGAGUUGCCAUGGUCUGACCUGACCCUCCUUAUUAUGUACCACAAAAAGACCUGACCCUCUUUAUUAUGUACCACAGUAAUAGAAGGAAUCUAAAAAGAUGGGAAUGGAGAAAUAGAGAAGUAACAAAAGUGUUUUAUAAAUACCUACCCAGUUGGGCUAUUGAUCAUGUUUCUCUUUUCAACAGGCUUUAUUUUUUAAGAUCUUAGGUUUACCGUUUUGAGGCAAAGGUGACAGUGUAUUGACACUAGACAUGUGGAGUGACAGUCUGGAUUUAAUGCCCGCUUAGAGCAACUUGAAAUUUGGUCAAGAAUACCAAGGACACAAGCUGGGUAAUUUUUAUGAGGAAAAUAUAGGAAUUGGCUUUCACAAAUAUAGAAAAUCUGAAAUUAAAUUUAAUGUGCACUUCAAACCUUCUUUUCAUUUUGGAGAGAGAUGGAUUUUAAUUAAAGAAAAAAAAAGGGCAUGUGUGUGGGGAAUCAGCCCACCAUUUUGGAGUGCUGAGGCUUAACACUUAUUCUCCAGGGAUCUGUGAAGAAAAGAGACUAGAUGAAGAGAAAAGGCAAGUCAUUCCUAAGAGCUGGUUCCUUCAAUUAUUUAUACAUCUGCUGUUCUGGACAAGGUACUCUGACCAUGCAACAAAGUGUUUUUUUGUGUGUGUGUUUUUAUGAUGCUUUCAUUUCACAAGUUUUCCCUUGUGUUAUGAAUAAUACUAUUGAUUGGUUGGUUUGUUCUUGAGGGUAACUACAUGUUUGCUAUUUUUUUUUUUUUUUGCCAGUAGGGUCAAGAUGGCAUUUUUCAACGUAAAAGUUUGUUCCUUUUGUCAUUCAAAUGACCUUACUCUUUGCACAACUAACUAACCUUAUGUAAUAAUAAUAAACACAUUAAAGCUGUUGCCAUCUGUGCAAGUAUCAAAGUAUUAAAAUAUAAUCAAUUAGAAAAGACGUACAAGCACAUGAUGACUAAAUAUUGUCUAAUGUGAAUCCCCUGAUGAAUUAGAAAGGACAAGAAAGUAAAAUCAACAUCAUUCUCUUUAUACGGUACAUAGAGAUUAAGAUGUUAUGCUGUGUAAUCUAAGGCGAUUAAUAUUGCUUAAAUGUCUACUGGAGUAUUAUUAGCUUGGAGAUUCAUUUUGAAAGUGCAUAAAGGGGUAAGGAGAAGGGAGAGCACAUGGAAGUGAAAUAUUGUGGUUUGAUAAACGUAAUAUGAAGUUUGCUCUUGAUUUUUUGUAGGAUGCAACUGAGACAAAAAAGGGGGAAGGCAGCAGGCUGUGAUUACUCAUGAUGUAGCCUUUUAUUUCCACGAGGCUGUGAUUAAAAAAAAAAAAAAAAAGUCAUUCUGUAUGCCUUCAUUAUAGCUCCAUGAAUUCAGGUUCCAGAUCCAGGUUACAAUGUUCUAAUCGCAGUGAGACAAUCCCACAGCCCAAGUGCUUUGUUCUAUUGGUGCAAGAUACGGAAAGAUCUAUGAAUUUGAUGGAGUUAUUUGCAUGAGAUCAAUCUCUCUUUUCUGUGGCUUGUGUUUUCAAGCAUUUGUGUAUGUAAGUCUUAAUGUCUGCUUGCGCAUACCUCAUCAAUCUAUAUAGAGAGCUCAAAAUUGAAACUGUGAAACAAUGUACCAGGAUAUUAUUGGCUUUCUUAAUGCUUUUAAAUGUUGUGAUCAACAGAAUAGAAUCUUCAUGCCUCAGGGUUGAUUUCUUUCUUUAAAAGAAAUUGUCACCUUUUUUUCCUUGUUGUAGUGUUCAUAAUAAAGAUGUUAUAAUCUAGAAAGGAUACCAACAAAAGAGUCUCAGUUGAAGAAAAGAGGACAAAAAUAAUUACUGUAUAAUCAUAAAUAGGAAAACUGGUGUGUCAAUAACAGAGAUAGUUCGUAGUAUAUCUUAGCCUUUAGAAGAUGUUGCAUAUUCAAAUAAUCUUUAAAACGAUAUAUCAUUUUUUAAUUUUAAAGCAAUCUCAGAAUAAAAUUGUCUGAUUUGAGAAAUCAGUGAUAGAAGCUAUUAAAAACAAAUAAAAAUCCAUUUUUAUAGUGCACUUUGAUUAUUUUUCCAAGUAUACAGAUGUAAGAAAUUUCUCAUUGCCAUUUGUACACAUGAAGAAUACUAGUUCAGUUGCAAAAUUCUGAUUUAUCUGCCGGCUCUGAUGAAUUUUAAUAAGUCAGAAAGUAUCUUUCACAAUUCUCAGACAAAAUCUGAUACAGAUUAUAUUUGUAGUCAUGAUAAGCAAGAGAUCUUAUUUCACAAAAGAUUCGAUAUUCAAUUGUAACAAGUUAAUAAAAUAAGUCAACGGAAAUAAUAUUAUUUACUAUGGUUGACUACUUGAUAUUAUACUAAUUUAACAUUGGAAUUAUCACCUUCAUUUUUGUGUAGAUUUUCAGAAAGUACAUACUUCAAGACAUACUAAAAAGGGAUUUAAAAAAAAAAAAGGAAAGUAAUGUUAAGCUAAAUUUAUGUUUACUUUACUUUGAUUUGAUUUACCUGCUUGACUCAUUUUGGUGGUGAUGAUGUCUUCUGCUGAGUGUACAAUUCUUUUAUUUCAUACUUGUUUUUAUGGUGUAACUCAAGUUUUGCACAUGGCAUGUAGGUAGCCUUUCUCUCAUGUUCCACACGUGUCCAAAAUACCAGAAUUCUUUCCAAGUAUAACGAUGUUGGCUGUUAAAUGUGAUGUAUUAGUUUCAGAAUCUCCAAACCACUGAAUUGUUCUUGUAUGAGCUGUUUUCCUGGAUGUUCUAUCACUGUUAUUCCUGAAAUAAAAGCAAAACACUGCCACAUAUCUCAACC